AUGGAGGAAGAACUUCUUGCUAUUAAAGAAAAUGACACAUGGGACACUGUUUCAUAUCCUUCAAAUGUCCGCCCUAUUGGAUUUAAAUGGGAUCUGAAUUCUCUUGCUGGCUGUCAAAAUUCCUCCUCCAUAGAUACUACAUUGAAAAUUAAUGUGGAGUAUCGUCGUGAGGAAGGCAAUAUUUUUCCUGAUCCAACUAAGUUUCUACAAUUAGUUUGGAGUCUAAAUUACCUUAGUAUUACUCAUCCUAAUAUCUCUUUUGCAGUUCAACAAGUUAGUUAUUUUAUGCAAGCUCCCCUUCAUCUCCACUUGGUGGCUGUUCGUCGCAUCAUUCAGUAUCUUCUAAGAAUAUCUACUCGUGGAUUAUUCUUUCCAAGUCGUUCUUCUAUUCGUCUUAAUUCUUUUAGUGAUUCUGAUUGGGCAGGAUGCCCUGAUACUCAUCGUUCAAUCACUGGUCGGUGCAUGUUUCUUGGAGAGUAA